AUGCACGAGAUCAUAACUCUCCAGCUCGGGCAGAGGAGCAACUACCUCGCUACCCAUUUCUGGAACACUCAGGAAUCGUAUUUCACAUACUCAAAAGAUGAAGAGUCUCUCGUCGACCACGACAUCCAUUUCCGACCUGGUUUGGGCGCCGAUGGGUCCGAGACAUUCACACCUCGAACCCUUAUCUACGAUCUCAAAGGAGGCUUCGGAUCUUUGAGGAAGAUUAAUGCUCUGUAUGAAAUCGAGGAGCCUGUCGUCCCGCAAGGUUUGUGGAACGGCCCUACGGUAGUCCAACGGCAGACCGCCAUUGAGCAAAGUGCUUACCAGCAAAGCCUUGACAGUGGACUCGAGCCCCCGCCGCUCACUGCAGAGUCUGUAAGAUAUUGGUCCGAUUUCAACAGGGUCUACUUCCACCCAAAAUCUAUUGUCCAGCUCAAUGAGUACGAGUUGGGUUCAGCACUCAUGCCUUUUGAGAAAUGGAGCGUCGGAGAAGAUUUGUUCAAGUCGCUUGACAAAGAGCAUGAUCUCUUGGACCGUGACCUGAGAACUUUCGCCGAAGAAGCUGAUCACAUGCAAGGUAUUCAAAUGAUUUCUGGGAUCGAUGAUGCUUGGGGUGGCUUUGCUGCAAGAUAUAUGGAUCGAAUUCGUGACGAAUAUGGAAAAACUACGGUUCAGUUCUGGGCAUUGGAAGAUGGUUCAAAGUCACAACCCAGGGAGAAAAAAUAUAUCAAGCUGUCGAAUACAGCUAGGUCCAUCUCAGAGAUUGCACCGCAGGCCUCUCUCUUCGUUCCUCUGACAGUCCCAUCACCGAGGCUUCCUGGCUAUGUCACGAUCGAUACGAAGUCUCAAUGGCAUAUCGGCGGUCUACUCUCAACAGCUUUCGAAACGAUGACCUUGCCAUCAAGACUAAGGAUCCACAAUAACUGCCGUGCCUCGAUGGACCAGCUCGUUAACGUUUUGAAUGUCAAUGGUAACCAAAACAUUGCAAAAGUUCAGAUGAGUAUCGAUCAGAGGGCGUCUCCCAACAGGCAGCAACAGGUAGCCGGACCAGACCUCCGUGCAAAAAGCAGAGAUCUCAGACUGCCAUCUCAGGAGAGACGUGUCGAAGAAGAGCCUUCCUCUAAAGGAGACAAAGAAUUAAAUACAUUUGAUAUAGACUUCUUCCCCGAAACAGCUGAACAAAGUCGGAACCGCCGAGCAGUUAAAGAGCCUCAUAUUUUCGGCCAGGCCGAGAUAUACAGAUCCAAUGAUCAACAGGAGUGUGAGAUUGAAGACACUGAGGAAGAAGCAGGCCAUGAGCGAGCGCGACGCCGAGCAGCUGGUCUUCCCAUCAUUGAAAGAACAGUAAUAUCCCUGUCGUUCCCCCUGCUUGACAGCUUUCCCCACAUCUAUGCCCAUCCCAGUACGACAUCUUCGUUGGGAGUCAGUACAUCUCUCUCUACCGACACGACAGUUGCCUUGAGGAUAAAGAAUCUCCAGUUCGUUGUCGGUAGAGCCGUUGGUUUUGACGAGCGUGAGGCACUUAGCAAUUCUCUGGGCGAGAUAGCUGAAGGGUAUGAGGAAGGCUGGGACAGCGGUUCAGACUCGGACGAUGAUUGA